CGGCGCCUUUCGGUAGACGCCAUUCGUUUGGCUGCUUCAGGUCACCGCAUCCCCUUGUCCUUCAUAAGACUCCCUCCGCAUCCCUUCGCAUCCCUUUGCACCGCACCCAACCAUUCCGCCCCUUAUUGCUCCUGCGCGGGGGUCACGACCACAGCUGGUCACCCAGCAGCAUCCCUUUGCACCGCAUCCAACCAAAUUCCGCCCCUCGUUGCUCUCCUGCCUCUGUCUCCGUCUUCCCUCUCGUGCCUUCAAGUGCGCAAGGAGAGCAAGGGGGAUCACGGCUGCCCUCCCUCUUCUGAGCAAUGCAGUCUUUCCCGUUUCUUCCACAUCCUGCAGCAUCCCUUCACACCCAGCACCAU